AUGCCUUCAACAAAUCCGAGAAAAAGAGCUGCACCGGGAGCCUCGUCGACUGUUCAGACACCGCAAAUGCAGCAGACGUACAAUGCAGGUAGCCAGCUACCUAAUGCAGACUUUCUGCGCUGGAAUCAAAACCCCGAUGCUCAAAAUUUUACAGAUCCAACAUCAAACAAUUAUAUGAAUAUUUUCGGAGCAAAUGGUCUGCCGCAGACGACUGCUGGUUUUGACCAUCCCAUUAACGCGCAACCUCAUUCUACACAAUUGGCUCGCAGACCAAAUAUCAAUAAUAAUCGCCAAAUUGUCGCGCAGCGGACGUACGAUAGUACGGGUGAUCCUUGGCCAUAUGGAGAUGAUACCAUAAUGGAUUCACAGAAUGGACAUGGACCGAAUGGGGAAAAUGAUGAUAUUGAGGCUUUGGAGGAAAAGGCUGCGGUUGCGAAGAGAGAUGCUCAAUCAAAGCGAAAGCAAAUUCCUCCAUUUGUACAGAAGCUAAGCAGUUUUCUUGAUGAAUCGAAGAAUACAGAACUUAUACGAUGGUCCGAUCGGGGCGAUUCAUUUGUGGUGUUGGAUGAAGAUGAGUUUGCGAAAACUUUGAUACCGGAACUAUUCAAGCAUAAUAAUUAUGCCUCAUUCGUUCGACAACUUAACAUGUAUGGUUUCCAUAAGAGAGUGGGACUUUCCGAUAAUUCCAUGAAGGCGAGCGAAAGAAAGAAUAAGAGCCCUAGUGAAUAUUACAACCCUUACUUCAAGCGUGGACAUCCAAAUCUCUUGUGGCUCAUUAAUAAACCAAAGGGUGGGACAAACAAGAUUAGGAAAGGACAGCCUGGAAGAGGGAAACCCGAGGAGAUGGUAGAUGGUGAAAGUGAUGAUGAUGCAAGAGAGAUUGAAGAAUUUGGACCGAGUAAUUAUCCUAACAAUGCAACCACAAGUCGAGCGAUAUCAGUUGCGCCAGAAUCUGGUCCAUUACAACGGCGAGAGAUAGCUUUGGUACUCUCCGAUAUUCAAAAGCAACAAGGUGCCAUUUCACAGGCCAUCACACGUCUGAGAAAAGAUCACAAUCAAGUCUAUCAGCAAGCUAUCGCUUUUCAAAAUCUUCAUGAACGUCAUGAAAGUUCGAUCAAUGCUAUUCUUACAUUUCUCGCUACUGUUUAUAACAGGAGUUUGGAUGGCCAAGGAGCUGAAAAUAUUACUCGGAUGUUUCAGAGUGGUUUGAAUCAACAAGGUCAACAUCAACAACAAGGCAAUGUUGUGGAUAUUGGUGAUUUAGGGACUCCUCAACAACAGCAACCUCCUGGGAGUAGCAGUCCGGUUCUACGAAAAGCACAAAAAUUAUUGACAGCAGGACCAAUGGAUCGAGAAAAUAGUCACGUUUCCGAACCCUCACCGGCGGCUUCUAGUCCAAGGAAUCAAUACUCCACACCACGUUCUGGAACCGUUGAAGAACUUUUCGAAUCUCCUAGCGAUACCACGACAACGAAAACUGAACCACAGAGGGAUAUGUUAAAUCUGAUCAAUAAUACCAAUGCACAAACUCGAUCUGAUAAUAAUGCUAUGGAAUUCCCGGAUAUGCUGACUCAUUAUGAAAAUGCAAACGGCAAUUCCCCGCUUACUUCUGAACAACGGAGCAACAUGCUCAAUAUUAUCGCUAGCACGUCUUCCACCCCAGGUUCCAAUAAUGCACUGGUCAGCCCAGCACCUCAAGCUCCUCACUUAGCACAAAUGGCCUACACGCAAAGUGAAAUCGAUGACUUGAUGAGGUUACAACAUCAACAAAGUGAUCGUAUCGCGAAUCUUUCUACGGUCCUUCAACCUCUGAGUCCUUCUGGUUCCAUUCCUGGUGUUCAAGGUGAUUCAUAUUUCAACAGUACUGAUUCCAUUGAUCCUCAUAAUUCAAACCUGGACUUGGAUCAAUUUUUGGAUUCGGGUGCAUUUUAUGGUGCGAGUAGUCCAGUGAAUCCGAACUUCAAUUUUGAUGAUUUUGGGAAUGGUGUGGAUGGAAAUGGAUUUGGAGGUGGAGAGAGUCAAUUUGAUGCGAGUAUGGAUGGGGUAACUGAUGGUAAUGGAAGUGGAAGUGGAAGUGGAAAUGGAAUAGGUAGGGUUUUGGAGACUGUGGCUAGUAGUGAGACUGCGAGUCCAGCGGAUGAAGGUCAUGGGAUGGUUGAUGGGAAGGGAAAUGGAAUAAGUAGUGGGAAUAGUAGUGGGAAUUUAAAUGAUGAUAUUACGAGUAAUAAGCGGAGGCGGAAGGCUUGA